AGAGAGAGAGAGAGAGAGAGAGAGAGAGAGAGAGAGAAAGAGAAGCAGAUUUGUCUCAAUGAUGAAGCUGUGGAGUCGACUCUGCUUCCUCGUUUUAGCAUUUUCUUCACUCUCCAGAGGAGAAAAUGAAACCGCAGCUCCUCCAGCCCCUACUCCACCCCCGUGGUCGCCGUCGGAGGAAACUCAAAAUGAGCCUGCUCGCGCCACGCUGCCCACAGCUUCUCCCCAAAGUAACACAUUGGCAAAUGCACGAGAUCUGCCUUCAGCAGGCCUCCCGGUAACAGAUGCAGCCGGACUGACACAGACCCAGAACAGUUCAGACAACGUGAUUGGAACGAGAAAGGAAGCUGAGGAACAGACAUCCACCUCGGCCAUCAAGACCGAGGCCGUGACGGAGGGUGUUGAUGUUAAAAGGACAAUGGUUUCCACAGCAACGGCCGGGACCUCGUUUACACCAGUGACACCCGGACACGCGAGUACCGCAGGUUACGUGUUCCUCUUCAUGAUCCUGCUGAUGAUCAUUGUUCUGUGUGUCAUCCUCUACUUUCUCAGGAGAGCCUCCAGGUCGUACUCGUUUGACCUCCAUCGUCCGGUUCCCGCCAACCAUCACAACGAACCCAUUGGCAACUUUGAACCUGUCUACCUGGACGACCUGGAUCGACCAGCCCCUAAAGAUGACAUGACCACCAACGCCCCGUCACCUCCUCCAGUAUCCAACGGCACAACUCUACAGUCGGAGGAACUAAUCUCCAGUGGAGAGAGCGAUACAGAAAAAGCUCCACAGAACCAGCCGGAUGCAAGCGGUCUGGAGACCUUACCCCCCAGUGGGAAUACCAGUCCCUCACUGGGCCACGUCGCAGCUGACAACACAUCCUGCCCAUUCAGCAGCACCAACCUGCUCCUCGAUGCUGUCGGGGAGGAGCAGCAGAACGAAAAUAACAACAACAACCCAUCGGUUUCUUCCAGUGAGCCGUUUGUUGAAAUUAACCUUGACGAGCCGGCGUGGUGUGAUGAGCUCCUUACCUCCUCGGAAGCUUCUUCUUCUGUCCUCCCCUUCUCUCCUUUCUCCUUGUCCUCCAUUUCUACUUAGCACCUUCACCGAUGACCCCAAGUUCAACAUGGAAAGAAAAACAACAAAAAUCUAUGAGUACUUGUCUGUUACUUCCGGCAUGCUAAAAACUAUCUGGGAAUAUUUGCCACAUUUACAAAUCUCAAACAACAAGCUGUCAACAUAAAGCAUAUAUCAUAUAUUUAGAUAUAUUCAGCCAAUUGAGCAUUCUGAUUAAUUAGUGUUUUGUCUAAUAAAGGUGACGUUGGCACAGUAUCCUUCGUGUCUUCAGCCUAGACAAACAACAGUGAGCUCAGUUAACCUAAACUAGCCGUUAGCUUAACGUCUCAGCAUUUUGUGCCGUAGCCCUUUGUAUAUAUUGUAUGUCUUUGAUAGCAACCUUUUGUUUUAUUGCAUUUGAAAUUUAAGAAAGAGUAUUUUAAUGGAGUUCUUGUCACACUUUAGCGGCUGUUUCUCAAACUACAACAAAACGUUGAAACCAGGCUAUUGAAAAGCUACUAUUUCUCCUGUAGGCAUAUUUCUGUUGUGCAAUCCUAACAACGAAAUAAUGUUUAAUGUGCAGGUAAUGUUUUCUAUGUGAUACAAAAUGGAUGUAAAACACAACAAAAAACACUUUUAAUCAGAAGGUUGUGGUUAUAAAUGUUUGUAUAAAUUGAAAUUUGUUUUCAUUUAGCUUACGGUGAGUAAGUAUUUUCUAGUAAACAAUGCAAGAAGAAAAAAAAUACAUUCAAUGCUGUUAAUUAGCUUUUUUUAAGUGCUUUAAACCAAACUGAUAUACAAAUUGCUUUGACAUUCUCAGUUCCUUGGGUUCAGUUUAAGACCAUUUUGAUUAAAGGGCCUGUGUCAGGAGCGCAUUGUUGACAUUUGGUAACUUUUUCU